AUGCAAGCCCCACCCCCUUUGAUCAGGUACUAGGUACAUGUAAAUAAAGAAGAUGGCACUGCACUUCAGCAGUGAGCGUCCAGAGGAUCAGUUCUACACUGAUUUUGGGAAUCUGAACAAGUUUGGAGAAGAUGCGUUUGCAGAAUUGAACACUCUUGUCUUCAACUUUCUGAAUGAUCCACAGCAAUCAGGUCAGUUUCUUGGUCAACUGGAGGAGUUUGCUGCUCAGAAAUCAUUUGGACUAGCUGCUCUGAAGAAUCUCGUCAAGACAAUUCUAGUCUUCUUCAAAGCCGCUCUCAAGAAGAACCUGUCUCCUGGCUAUCUGAAGGAGGACCUCAUUCAACUGGGUCUCUCUGAAGAAAAGGCUGCAUGGAUAGCUGGCAAGUGGAAAGCUAAUCUGUUGUCCCUGUCGAGAUUGGCAGCUGGUCAGUCGCUCACCGUCAACCAACUGGUGGACAUGGAGUGGAGGUUUGGAGUGACUGCCGCAGACAGUGACAUGAAGAAAGUUGGCAACACUUUCCUACAACUAAAGCUGGUCCUUGACAAGGGGGUGGGAACAGAAGAAGUCUUUAUGGAGCUGACUCUUCCUCAGUUUUACUCCUUCCUUCACCAAAUGGAGAAGGCUAAAGCUAGCUUAGAAUAUUUAGGUUGACUCUUCAUGUCUCACUAGUACUUGUUGGUCUCGUCAAAUUGUCGUUUGUAAUUGUGUUAUCAUGAAAACAUAAUCUUAUGGUUAAUAUAA